GGAGAAGCGCAUCGAUAGCAUGGGCACCUCCACCUACCGCCCGCCCGCCCGCACGAUGGAAGUGGUCAUAAACAAGUACGUGGUGAAACUGAAGUACUGCUACACCUGCAAAAUGUUCCGGCCCCCCAGGACCUCCCACUGCAGCGUCUGCGAUAACUGCGUAGAGCGGUUUGAUCACCACUGCCCCUGGGUGGGCAACUGCGUGGGGAAGCGCAACUACCGCUACUUCUACGCCUUCAUCCUCUCCCUCUCCUUCCUGACGGCCUUCAUCUUUGCUUGUGUCAUCACCCACAUCACUCUGCGCUCUCAGAGACAAGGAUUCCUCGACACUCUGAAGGCAACGCCAGCCAGUGUGCUGGAGCUGGUGAUCUGUUUUUUCUCAGUCUGGUCUAUUUUGGGCCUCUCAGGUUUUCACACUUACCUAGUCGCCUCCAACCUGACGACGAACGAAGACAUCAAAGGCUCGUGGUCAAAUAAGAGGGGCUCGGAGUUUGCCAAUCCCUACAGCCAUAAAAGCAUCCUCACAAACUGCUGCGCGGUGCUGUGUGGACCCUUCCACCCCAGUUUAAUAGACAGAAGAGGAUUUAUCCAGCCGGACGUCGGGACCCCAUCCAGUCCCAAGAGCGAGGUCCCCUCCUUUGGAGCCAAAAGUGACACCAGCAUGCAACCGGAUGGCUGUUCCCAGCAGAUGGGGGAGCCCUCACCAGCUCUCAAGACAGGCUGGCCCACUCUUUGCCUCCAGGGCUCUGUUAGCCAAUGACGGGGACAUGCAGGGACAGAGGCAGCCCCAGGGGUGCCCCGGAGCUUGGCGAUGACUAGAACAAAGUGCAGCACUUGGUGCUUCCCAGGCCGUUGCCCUUCUGUGGUCACUGCUGGAUGUCUGGGCAGCACCACGUGACCAGGAGAGCCUAAGCGGUUCCACAGCAGCAUCAGGGAGCAGACUUCUGAGAGACGUGGCCAUCCCGAGCAGGGCUGUGUCGUGGGACCAGCAAAUGCUGGUGUCCAUCAGCAUCAGGCCAUGCUCUGGCUGCGGGUUGCCAGCCCCGGGAUGGCCCCUUCAGAGUCCAGCCCUGCUCUGAGCUCCUCUGCCCUCCUGCCGGCGGUGGAAGCCAUGCUCUGUGCCUCCUUGGCGCCAGUGUGUCCAUGGGUUAGCCAUGCUGGGAUGUGUGUCUCAGGCUUGUUAGCGAUAUGCAUCAUUAAAAGUUGCUGGGUAUUUUUGCACAAUUCAUAGAGUUUUUUACUAGUGUGUUUUGUAUCUGGGUACAGGCGGUGGUAGGGAGCCCUAGCACCAGGCAGGGCUGGUGUUAGCUGGUCUGGACCCUGACCCUCUUCUUCCUCCCCUGCUGACAUAAGCAAAGCUGGCUUGUGCGGAAGGGGCUGUGCUGCUGCUGGGAUGCUCCGGCCGUGAGGGUCUGAGCAGGUCUCUGGGCUACCCAAUUGCUUGAGGCAGGCCAGACACAUGCCCCUACCAUUGCAGAGAUCUCAGUAUUGAAGCGAGCCCUGCGUGCUCUUGCCACUAAGAAUUCCCACUCGUACUGGGGGAGAGCGGAGGCGCCCUGCCUCGCUUCCCUCUGCUGAUGGCAGGGACUGCGUGGCCAGCAUAUCGAGGCCUGUGAGCUGACCGGUCCUGAGCCCAUCGCGGGCUCGGUGCACAAGAGAAGCGUCCCCCACCCCACGCGGUGUCCGGAGGCUGAACUUCUGGCAGAGCCCGGCAGGUGGCCCCCGCAGCCCAGGCACACAGCAGGCUGGCACGUCUCCGGAGGUUGAUCUUAGCCUCAUUCGCUGCCUCGGGAGAGGGACUCUCCAGAGCUGCCUGCCCAGCACCUGUUUCUAGCUCGCCUCGUGUUGCCCCUAACGCAUCAGCACGGACUCUCCUGUGUUUCAAGGGGACCAUUAACAUUGCAGGUGUGAGGGCAGGACAGGCACUGGAGGCGCUGGUCACACUGGGAGGCUGCAGCCUUAAGUGCUGGGCUAGGACCGCUGGCCAGUGUGGGGGGCCGAGGGUUGCUGGAGCACUCCAGGGCAGUGGGGAGGGGUCCAGCUCAGCUCUCACGUUUUUAUUUAACCCCAUUCCCUUGUUACUUGCUGUAAUAAAUUCUAUUUUUAAAGAGUUAAUUGCUUGGGGUUUUUAUUCCCUUGUGAUGUGAGGUGGCUCCUGGCUGUAGUUACGCUGUAGUGUGAGGGUCUGUCCGGCGCGUGAGGGUAGGCUGUCCCUUUGCGUGGCAAGCCCUGCCCGGCUGCUGCGCUAGCUUCCAGCGGGCAGGGGCAGAAGGUGCCGCCAGCCCCGCAGCUCCUCCCUGCCUAGAACGCGCCCGGCUUCUCAGGGGUUUGCUGUUUCAGCUGCUGAAGUUGACCCAGGUCAACUUGCGCCUUCCUCUUGCGUCCGAGGGGAAGCCUCUCCCUGCCCCAGCCAGCGGUGCCCAAGGAGCUGAGCAUGCCCCGAGGCUCAGUCUGCACCAGCUGAGAUGCGUAAACUCUGGUG